AGCGCGGCCGCGGCCGCUCCGCGCUUGGCGGCGGAGGGCGGGGAGGAGGGUGCGUGUCACCAGGGACACGGACACACACACACACGCACACGCACACGGUCACGCACACGCAGGGCGGCCCUGCAGCGCCGCGCCGUUCGCCUUUGCGGCCAAACCCCGGCAACAAAGACACCCCCCCCCCCCCCCCCCUUCCCUUCCCCUUCCCCUCCCCGGUUUUGCUGCGCGGCGCUGCCCGUCCCCUCCGCGGGAUGUAGCCCGGCCGGGAGCUGCCACCGAGGCACCGCGGUGUCCCCCGUGUCCCCGUUCCUCCCCCCCCCCCCCCCCCCCCGGCCCCCAGCCCCCCCCCCCGUCCCUCCAUGCCCCCGCAGUGAGGCCGGGAGGCGGCGGGCGAGCUGUGGCCGGGGCUACCGGCCACCAUGGGGAAAUCCAACAGCAAGUUGAAGCCUGAAGUUGUGGAGGAGCUGACCAGGAAAACGUACUUUACGGAGAAGGAGGUGCAGCAGUGGUACAAGGGCUUUAUCAAGGACUGCCCCAGCGGGCAGCUCGAUGCUGCCGGCUUUCAGAAGAUCUAUAAGCAGUUCUUCCCCUUCGGCGACCCGACCAAAUUCGCCACCUUUGUUUUCAAUGUCUUCGACGAGAACAAAGACGGGAGGAUCGAGUUUUCGGAGUUCAUCCAGGCGCUGUCGGUCACCUCCCGGGGGACGCUGGACGAGAAGCUGAGGUGGGCGUUUAAACUGUACGACUUGGACAACGACGGGUACAUCACGAGGAACGAGAUGCUGGACAUUGUGGAUGCGAUUUAUCAAAUGGUGGGAAACACGGUGGAGCUUCCUGAGGAGGAGAACACACCGGAGAAGAGGGUGGAUCGGAUUUUUGCUAUGAUGGACAAGAACGCGGACGGGAAGCUGACGCUGCAGGAGUUUCAGGAGGGCUCCAAGGCCGACCCCUCCAUCGUGCAGGCGCUCUCCCUCUACGACGGGCUCGUAUAGUCCCGGGGCCGAGCGGCGAUGCCUGGGGGAAGAUGCUCUCCGUGCCAUCCGACCACCGCCGCGCGAAGCUUGCCUGUCCCUCUCGGCCUUCCUUUCUGUUCUGCGAGCAAAGGAUGCCCUCGAAGCGCGAGCUCACUCCCCCUCUCUGCACUCUGAACCAGCCGCUGCCAUUUGCCAACUUCUGCUUUUUCCAAAAAAAAAAAAAAAAAAAAAUACCCGCCACAGACCCCGGUCUGAGCGGCAGCGAACGCCCGAGACUUCAGGGCCGGGGGAACAGGUCGAGCGUUGCCGAAAGCAGAGCCCCACCUCGGCCUCCUCGCCCUCCUCGCUCCCCCUUUCCUACGUUUUCGGAUGGGACUGCGGAUGCGCCGGCGCUGGCACGGUCCUCUCCUGGGAACCGGCCGGCUGGAGACGGAGCCCAAAGGUACCGGGGGGCCGCGCACCCCGGGGUGCUGCCUGCGCGGGGCGGCCGGGGAGCCAAGGCACCGGCAGCGAUUGGGGACAGUCCUGGUGUCACCUGCGACGCGGCUGGCAGCCUGGCCCGGCUCACUAGGGAUAUAUAUUAUAUAUAAUUUUUUUUUUUUUUUUUGGUGAGACAGUAUUGUGCAUUUUCUUUUUUUUUUUUUUUUUUUUUUUCCUUUGGUGGAAAAAAGUGAGGCUUUUUUUUUACAUGCCUGUCUCGACGAUCGAUAUCCUUAUUUAUUUGUUGUAAAUGUUGCUGCCGUGUUUAGUCCCUUGUGUGUGUGUCCAACCACCUAGGUGAUGAUAUGUAAGGUUUACAUGCUCGUACACUAUUGCGGGGCACUAGGAGCCUGCAAUAACAAUGAAGCCAAAAAUCUGCCUUCCCCCCCUCUCCUCCUACCCCGCCGUGUCCCAAGCUCCGUGGGCUGGCUGCCGUUUUAAGGGGAUGCUGUAACUUCUUUUCUUCUUCCCAUUCCCAUUUCCUGCAUUUUUCUGUUCAGCCUUCUCUUUGCAAGCCCAGCUGAAGCUUGCUCAGCCUAGGCUCCGAGCAGAUCAAGCCCACUCCAUCCCUUAGGCAGGGCGAGGAAACCACCAGGCACCGGAACACCCUUUUUUCCUUUUUUUUUUUUUUUUUCAGUUUCUCACUGCAUGAAAUAGUAUUAAUGGAGCCGAGAGUUGGAUUUUGCUUCCAAGCAAAUAUUCCUUUAAUAUUUUUUGUUUUGCAAACGGUGGAAAAGUCUGUUUGCGUGCCAGGGAGGUGCCUGGGGAUUAGCCCGUGUGCCGGUGGGGCUGGGGGUGCCCGUGGGGACGGCUCGCUCCGUGCCCCCCCAUCCCGGCUGGGGCGAUGAGGCAGCUCCUGCCUCGGGGGUGCCAGGCUGGGAGACGCGCGAUUCGGGGUGUCUCCUUACUCCCUUGCUCCUCGUUUAGGACGUGGGAGGUUUUGUGGUAGAUCGAGAGCACGGCCCCAAAGCGGAGCCGCUUGUCCCCGCUCUGGGGGAGACAGAGGGCUGGGGAAACGCGCCUGGAGACACCUGAGCGUGGGGCUUGGAAAUAGCACACACACACCCCCCCCGCGGCCACGAGUGGUGGCCACACGGCCUCUCCAGCACCUGACACCUCACCGGGAUGUGCCCGAGCAGGGCUCAGCCCCGCCGGGACACACUCCCACUCCGUGGGACACAGCGGCAUCUCUGCUGCGGGACGAGCGUUACGGGGAUCCGCAGCUCUGCCUCCGUCCGCCUUGUCCCCUGCGCUGGGGAAGGAGAGAUUUCCACCUCCACGGGAGCAAAGUGCGAGAUGCCCGUGGGACCCCUAAUACCAGCCGGGAUGCAAACCAACCCCUCCUGCUCCGUUGCUGGCCCGGUAGCACCCGUGCUGCUCUCCCACCGCUCCAUCCCCGGUACGCCUGAGGCGGCAUCGCCUUCCCGCCCCGCUCUGCUCCGGGAUGCCUGCAGCUCCCGCGGCCGAGCCCGGCCGGUGCCCACAGCCCUCGGCCACGGGGACUGUCCCCACGGCAGCAGGAGGUGACGCCUGGACGUGGAGGACAUCCGUGUCCCACGACGCAGGAAGCAGGGGGGUGCCCCAGCGGGGUCUGAAUCGUCCCCACACGGCAGGGACAAACUCUCGGGCCAAACGAUGCUGGUCCUUCGCUGUGCAGCCCCACUCCCCCGGUUUUGGGGCUGUGUGCUGGUGGCACUUUCUGAUGCCCAUAAGAAACCGCCCUUCCCCAUCCCCAAGGAGAACCACCCUCAUAUCCACGUGCAAUAUUUCUGCCUCUCCUGUGGUUUCUGCCCCUGAGGGUGCCUGUGGUUCAUUGUGGGGGGCUGCUCGAGGGUGUUACCUCUCUCCCUCUCAUGGAAACUCCUUUUCCUUGAUGCUUUGUGGCCAAAAUGCGACUCUCUUGGGUAGAUCUUCGCAGUGCCUCCAACUUCUCUAACGCUCAUCUGCCAGAACGGUCCCUUCCCAGUGCCAAUCGAUGUUCCCAAUGAAUGUGACGCUGCUGUAAUCGCCUCCGCUGAUAAAUGAUGGACCUCGCGACGUUUGACAUAAUUCCCAGGCAAAGGCAAACCUCAUUUGCUCUGACACUUUCCCCUGAAAGGCUUUUCAUUUUCAGAGGACCUGCUAUGCUUUGAGCUCCGUCAGCACUCACUGACAUCUCACCAGGGAGGCAGCCCUGCAGCAGCAGCGGGGUGUGCGGCCCCCGUCACGGGUGGGGUGAGGGACCAGCACCGGCUUGGGAGAGCCUCAGACCCCAGAAUUCCCAAAAUUCAGUGUCUGGUGCUGCUGUCAUCGCCAUGAACCUCCCGCUGCCACUGAUGCUGGUGGGCUCAGGGAUGGAGCCCAAUGCCUCGUCCUCCCUCGCCCCUCGUUAAAUAUUUGCACAUUAAAAAGAAAAAAAAAAGGAGAAUGAGCGAAAAGGAUAAAAGGUUUUGGCCUGUUUUCAAAAGCUCUGUGCCAGCUGUGAGGACGCCGUUGGCUUGAUGGCAACGAUGACUUUUCCUGGGCAGAGGCCCCUCCUGCGGGUUCGGGGCUGGCUCCUGGGUUCUGGCUCCGGCCCCGUGGCAGGUCCCAGUGUGGGUUCUGUCCUGCCCUGCUCUUGGCAUGCUGAGUGUCCCUGAGCAAAUCAUUUUGGCCCCGGUAUUCCCCCCCUGGCUGUGGAUUUGGGACCCUGGCUUGGAUGCUUCUAGCCUCCCUUUGAGGAGCACCAAGGGCCCCCGACUCCUGAACAUCACCAGGAUCUGCAGCUUCUCGGUACCGCUGAAAUUAAGGCUUGAAGCAUCUCGUGCUUGGAAACGUUGGCCUUAACCUCCUCGUGCCUCAGUUUCCCCAUCAGUGAAAUGGCCUGGGUGAGCCACCCCCCUCUCCGGAGAGCGAUUCAACGCCUGUGCCCCGGGGAGCACGAGCACUGGGUCCGGCUCACGGCUGCGACCGGGGGGGUUUGGCAGGAGCCACCGAACCUCGGGCACGUGCGGAGCACCGGGACCUGCGCGUGAACCGCGGCGGCGGAGCUUACAUCAGAGAAUCGUUCAUUUCGGUCUUCUUUUUACACCUGCUCAUUAUUAAAAGCGAACGGGUGACAAGGCCUGAUUUGUUUCUGUUUCGGGUUCCUCGUGCCUGCCUGAAAUACAGCCGGCUGCAGCCCCGGUGAUGGGGAGGGGACCCGAAGCGCAGCCAGGCAGAGGCGUGUGUGUCCCCCACCUCUCAUUUGUCCCUGUUGGUGUUGCCCCAUUAAAAUGCCAUGUCUGUGCUUUCCUUUCUUUUCA